UCCUCCUGCGAGCAUUUGUGAAGCAGCUCCUGUCCCUUACGUCUCUUUGUGGGGAAACAGAGGGCACACUUUCUAGAGCAUAACUGGAGACAGAGACACAGAGUUCCAGGCAGGACGCCCAGGGUUCCAGCCUACAGCCACCCCUGGCCCAGCCCUGCAGGGGGACAGCUCCCCCAGAGCACCUUGGCCAAGAGGUCAACGAAAGGAGAAGAGACGCUAAUCAACUAGACCGUCCCAGAAAGUGAGAUGAGAGUUGAUGAUAUGAAUGAUAUGAAUCCAACUGAUCAAUGUGGGAUCUGAACCCUAAGUGAGAGGUGUAUUGAGUGUGCUGUAUAAAGUAGCAGUUCUCUUGAAAAGUUAGACUGAAUCAUCGAAGUAUCCAGGUUACAAGGAUAAAAGCUCAUCAAGAGAAAACAAGAGAAAGGACACUUCAGCUGAGAAUCUGUCUGUAAAGCAGCAUGAAAAGACUCCAUUGAAAGCACUUUCUGCGAGCCGGAUAAUAUUACUUUCUAUAGCCUUGAAAGAAUACGAAAACAAUACUGUGCUGGAUCCCAUAUGAGUAAGAGGCUCUGACUGGACUUAUAUGAUUGGAGAAGAUACAGGAGUGAAGAGAUGUAUUCCGGCUGUGGAGUUGGAGUGGCCAGCAUUCAAAGACAGUAUCAGGUCAGGGACUCUGUCAGACCAUACACCGGACCUGGAGGGAAUACACAGGUCCCAAUGGAAACCGGUGUGACCCCAGCUAGGUGCCCAGUAUAUCAGGUUCAGCCUUACAGUGGGCAGCCCUCCUGCACUGUGAACAGUGUUUCCAACACACAGCCCACUCCGGUGCCUACACCUCUAACUCCACCUCCCGCCGCACUCAAACCGGGCCAGGGUGGGUUCAAGAAGGUGUGUCGCACAGAGGAGGACAGCCCGUGCCCCUUCCCAGGAUUGGCCUCAGGAGUGCUGGAGAUGCGUGUCAAGGAGGGCAGUAAGAUCCGUAACCUCAUGGGUUUUGCCAUGGCUCGCAUGCAGGGGGAUGUCAGUGGUGUUGGGGUUAGUGGAGGCGGUGGCCUGAGGCAGGUUGUUUUCUCUGGGUCAGGUCGUGCCGUCACCAAGACCAUCACAUGCGCUGAGAUCAUGAAGAGAAAAGUGGGGUCUCUGCACCAGCUGACCAAGCUGCGCUACAAGGGCGUGAGGGAGGUGUGGGAGAGCCACGAAGGGGGGGCAUCGGAAAUGACCGUUCACAGGACCGUCCCCUCCAUCAGCAUCCUUUUGUCCAAAGACCCCCUGGACCCGCAGGAGCCUGGCUACCAGCCCCCUGAGACCCUCAGUGCUCUCUGGGAGGACAGAGACGGUGUGGAUGCCCUACAGACAGCCAGCAAGAGACCUCUUGGUCUGUCCCCAUACAGUAGUUUCUCUGAACCUAAGAGAGUGUGUCUGGGUCUGGACGAGGGGACUCUGGCUUUGUCCAACCCCCUGGCUAACUGAACUGGUAUCAAACAGUCGAGUGGGAAGGAUCAGAGGAGUUCAUUCUGCACUGCCCUCCACUCAAGCACAGCGCUGAAACAAUCAGAACAUUCACUCAGACAGAACCGUGCUUUCUGAGGACAACUGAGCACCCUGUCCACCCCAUCCUCCAGAGGUCAGUCAAAAUAGGACCUGAAAGCUUGUCUUUGUAGAUACAACAUUUAUUGAACCCAUUUCUCAGCACAAUCAAUCGUUCGCCUUUGUGCCCAGAGAUACUUAAUGUCAUCAUACUAUAUGUCACACUGUAAGAGCUUAGACAUGACAGCACACUUAUCACAUUUUAAAUUAUCAACACAACAAAACACAGAGCGACCAAUCACCCAAGAUCCCAGAUUUCUGCUUUCAGUAGACUGACAAUACCUUUUGAACAUUGUAGUUCUGUUUUCCUAAUUAUAUCCAACAACUGCAAAUCUGUUCAAAUGCACAAGGUAGGUCCACGAUAUUGUAAUGAAUACACAGAAUAUCUACACUCCCCUACGUAUAUAUUUGGACAGGGAAGCUAACAUGUUCAUUUGGCUCUACACGCCAGCAUUUUGGAUUUUAGAUCAAAUGUUUCAUAUGAUGCAAUAGUAGAGAAUGUCACCUUUUAAUUUGAGGGUAUUUUCAUACAUAUCCGUUUUACCAUUUAGAAAUGAAUGCACUUUAUGCAUCUAGUCCCCCCAUUUGAAGGUGUCAUAAGUGUUUUAACAAAGGCACUUAUAAUAGUCUACAUUUUAUACACUAUAACACAAUAAGUGAAUUUGUCCAAAUACUUAUGGCACCUUUAAAAUGGGGGGACGAUAUACAUAAAGCACAUUCAUUUCUAAACUAUCCAUAAUAUGACAAAUGUAUCAUGUUUUCAAAUAUCCAAACAUUCAAAUAAACUAUAUGCAGGAAAAGCC